AUGGGAGGGGCGCGCCCGCUGCUCGCGACGAAGAGCACAUGCGGCUCCGCGGACGUGUGCGCCGUCGCCGUCGUGCAGCGCGUCCCCACGGGGACCAAGGAGGCCUGGGUGUCACGCAAGGAGCUCCGGGAGCACGUGCGCGCGGAGGGCAUCCCCGUCUCGUACGCCGACAACUUCCUCGCCGUGAUGAGCAGCGUGCACGCGCUCGACUACAGCCGCGAGGGCGGCAUCCGAUACCGCUGCCCGCUGGAGAAGCGCAUGCGCGUUCAGCAGGCGACGGACUGGAUGCGCAGCCGCGAGGCCGCGAUUCAGCGCGCGUUCGCUGGCGCGGACGCGGACCGCGACGGUCGGCUGUCACCGCAGCAGGCGCGCGUGGGACUGGGCAGCGUGGUGUUCACGUGCCCGGACACGGGGUGCUCGUUCCACCCGCGGAGGAAUUGCAAGGCGCUGCGCGCGGCGCUGGACCGCGCGGGCCCGUCCAUCGACAUGGAGGGGUUCCGCACUCUGUUUUUGUCGAUUCCCCUUGCACAGAUGGACUGCAGUCUCUAUCUGUCACUCGGGGACUCGUCGCACUGCGACACGGGCGGCUGCCUGGUCCGCGGCCACGCGCACAAGGUCUCCGAGGCCCGCGUCUCGAAGGCGGCGUCGCCGUGGGGGCACCUCGUGGCGGGGGCGGCGGCGGGCGCGGUGUCGCGCACGCUCACCGCGCCGCUGGAGACGAUCCGGCUGAUGAGCAUGACGGGCAGCGUGGUCGCGGGGCGCACGCUCGCCGCGCAGGUCCGGCACGUGGUCGGCGCGUCGGGGGUGCGCGGGCUGUUCAGCGGGAACGGCGCCAACGUGAUGCGCACCGCGCCGCAGAAGGCGCUGGACUUCUUCGUGUUCGACGCGGCGCUGCGGGCGCUCGUGCGCGCCGGCGGGCGCAGCGAGACGGCCGCGCCGAACACAGCGCAGAUCCUGGGAGCAGCGGCGGCGGCGGGCGCGGCGUCCCACACCGUGCUGUACCCGCUCGAGGUGAUCCGCACGCGGCUGACGUGCGGCGACGCGGCGCUCCGCGCGGGCGGCAUCGCGGGCGUCGCGCGGGACAUCGUCGCCCGGGAGGGGGUCUCUGGGUUGUACCGCGGACUCGGUCCGUCCGUCCUGGCCAUCAUACCGGAGGCAGCCAUCACGUACGGGCUGUACGACCUGCUCAAGCGGUACCACACGCAGCAGACGGGGUCCGUGGACGUCCCGGUGUCGCGGUCGAUCGCGUUUGGCGUCGCGAGUGCCUUUGCGGGGCAGCUCGUCGCGUACCCGCUGGAGCUGGUCGCGCGCCGCAUGCAGCUGUACGGGUCGCACGCGACGGUGGCGGCGGGAGGGACGCGCGCGAUCGGGCGCGCGACGGCGGCGGCGGGCGCCCGGGGGAUGCUCGCGACCAUGGCGGCCAUCGUCGCCGCCGACGGCUUCGGCGCGCUGUACGGCGGCAUCGGGGCCGCGACGCUGCGCGUGGCUCCGAUGGCGAUGCUCAGUUUCGGGGCGUACGAGAUUGUCAAGGGUUGGAUGGUGGAGCUGGAACGUACCACGGCGCGGUGGGGUGCCGAGGUGACCGACGGCGUAUGA